UCCGGGCGCACACUCGGCAGCUGGCUGCGAUACAGCUCCUCCCUCCUGUGUGGUGGCUUUUCCCGACCAAAGAUCCUUGGACGUGAACAGUUUCGCUGAGGAGCACUUUUUCUCCCCUCCCAAACAACCAGACGGACAACCAAAGGCGCCAGUCCCCCCCCCCAUAUCGACCUGUAGGGGAAGGGAGCUAAGGUGUCGGAUAUAGGUGUCGGUCCUUCGCCCUCUCCCAAAUCUCUGUCAGCGAUGGAGACUUGGGCUGGCUCCUGCCCAGGAUUGCACUUAUCUCUAGGUAUCUGGGUGAUGAUUGCCGCGCUCACCCCGGGAAAUGCCAAGGCGGAGAUAACCUGCGCAUCCUGCCCGUCGCCAGUUCAACUUCACCUGGAGAGAUUAGAGCUGGGAUUGCGCACGGGGCCGACGGAGGAGCCGAGCGCCCCAAAGUUUAAAGAACUCGGGGUUGCCGACCAAAAUGCGGGAGUGGACGAGGACCAAGAGACGGGCGUUGCUUCUGUCGAGGACCUCUCCCCGUUUCCCCAAGAUGUCAGUUCGGAUGGAGUUAGAACAGAGGGAGAUACGCCAGGGCGCAGCGGAGAAAGUAACCGCGCCAGCGUCGAGGAGGAAAGGGAGCCCGAGAUGGGCGAGGGUGCGUCCGCGCUCCGGAGAGCGAGGAGAAGCGGCGCUGAGUUCGCCGAGUUCGGCCAGAGCAGGUGGACCGGCCGGACCGGCGCGGAAGCCGGCGGCGCGCCGGAGGACGGACAGAAGCCGGGCAGGUCCGACUUGGGCUGGAACAGGGACGAAGGGAGAGGGAAUACCCGGCAGGAUGAGCCCAAGAUCGCCAGCAGCACUUUCUCUCUGACGGGGGACUCCGCGCACAACCACGCGGUGGUCUACUGGUCGGGGCAAAACAGCAGCGUGAUCCUGAUUCUAACCAAGCUGUAUGACUUUCAUAUUGGCAGCGUCACUGAGAGCACUCUUUGGAGAUCGACUGACUACGGCUCCACAUAUGAUCGAAUGAAUGACAAAGUCGGAUCCAAGACUGUCCUGAGCUACCUCUAUGUCUGUCCAACUAACAAGAGAAAGAUUAUGGUGUUGACGGACCCGGAGUUUGAGAGUAGCGUGCUCAUCAGCUCCGAUGAGGGAGAAAGCUACCAAAAGUACCGCCUCACGUUCUACGUCCUCAGCCUGCUGUUCCACCACACCGAAGAGGACUGGGCCUUGGCCUACAGUCACGACCAGAAGCUGUACAGCUCGGUGGACUUUGGAAGAAAAUGGCAGCUCAUCCACGAACGUGUCACGCCGAACAGAUUCUACUGGUCUGUCUCGGGCCUCGACAAGGAGCCAGAUCUGGUCCACAUGGAGGCUCACACACCGGAUGGGAAUGUGCAGUAUGUCACGUGCAGAGCUCAGAUGUGCACAGAGGCCAACAGGAACUACCCGUUCCCUGGGUACAUCGACAUCAGCUCAUUGGUGGUUCAGGAUGACUACAUAUUCAUACAGGUUCCUACAUCGGGUCGAGCCACCUAUUAUGUGUCCUACAAGAGAGACUCCUUUAUACAAAUUAAACUGCCAAAAUAUUCCCUACCAAAGGAUUUACACAUUGUCAGCACCGACGAGAAGCAGGUGUUUGCGGCAGUGCAGGAGUGGAACCAGAACGACACCUACAACCUCUACCUGUCGGACACCAGAGGGAUCUACUUCACCUUGGCCAUGGAAAAUGUGAAGACCACUAGGGGCAUCGGAGGGAACCAGAUGCUCGACCUAUAUGAGGUGGCAGGGAUUAAAGGCAUGCUGAUCGCAAAUAAGAGGGAAGACAACCAGGUGAAGACCUUCAUCACCUACAACAAGGGCCGCGACUGGAGGCUCCUCCAGGCCCCUGCCACUGACCUGGAUGGAAAUGAUAUCCACUGCAUACUGCCUUUCUGUUCACUUCAUCUCCAACUGCAAACGUCAGAGAACCCUUACUUGUCGGGAACAAUCUCCACCAAGAGCUCGGCACCAGGGAUCAUAGUUGCCACAGGAAAUAUUGGAGCUGAGCUGUCUUACAACAACGUUGGCAUGUUCAUAUCAUCUGAUGCUGGCAAUAGCUGGAGACAGAUUUUUGAAGAGGAGCACAAUGUGUGGUUCCUGGAUAAAGGAGGGGCCCUUGUCGCUGUGAAACAGCCCUCUGUGCCAACCAGACACUUGUGGGUCAGCUUUGAUGAGGGGCGGCAGUGGAUCCAACACAGCUUCUCGUCUGUGCCGCUGUUCGUGGAUGGAGUCUUGGUGGAGGCUGGGGCCGAGAACCAAAUCAUGACUUUUUUCGGACACUUCAGCCACCGCUCUGAAUGGCAGCUCAUCAAGAUAGACUACAAGUCCAUCUUCAGCAGGAAAUGCAUAGAGGAGGACUAUCAGACCUGGCACCUGCACAACCAGGGUGAGCCAUGCGUGAUGGGACAAAAACAGAUUUACAUGAAGCGCAGGCCUGGAAACUACUGCAUGCUGGGAAAGGACUACUCCAGAAUCCUCUCAGCGGAGUCCUGCAUUUGCCGAGCUCAUGAUUUUGAAUGUGACUAUGGAUACGAGCGGCGUGGGGACGGGAACUGCCGGCCUGCCUUCUGGUUCAAUCCCUCCACUGUGUCCAGAAGCUGCAGCCAAGGCCAAAACUACCUCAACAGCACCGGGUAUCGUAAGGUGGUGCUGAACAACUGCACUAAAGGAGUCAAGGAAAUGUACACGGCAAGAAAGCAGCAGUGUCCCAACAGACCUCCUAAAGGACUCUUAGUGACCACAAAAAAUGGCAAACUCACCGCCAACCUGGGCAGCAACAUCACCUUCCUGGUGCAUCUCGAUGAGGGAGACUCCUUGCGGACCAACAUCCAGCUGGACUUCGGCGACGGCACCGCCGUGUCCUAUUCCAACCUGAGCUGGACUGAGGAGGGGAUCAAGCACGUCUACAAGUCUGCUGGAAUAUUCCGUGUCACGGCGCUGGCAGAGAACACGCUGGGUUAUGACACCACGACGCUCUUCUUGCACGUGACGUGUCCGGUGGAGCACGUCCAGCUUGUUGCUCCCUUUGUGGUCAUCAGAAACAAGGAGGUGAACAUCACAGCGGUGGUCUUACCCAGCCACUCACGUACAGUCACAUACUUCUGGUGGCUGGGCAACAACACUGAGCCAGUGAUAACAUUGGACGGGAGUAUAUCAUACACCUUUGCAAAUGAAGGAAUGCACACCAUCACCGUCCAAGUGGCUGCAGCCAGCACCAUACUGCAGGACACCAAGAUUGUAGCUGUCAAAGAAUUCUUCAAAUCUCUACUUUUAUCUUUCUCCCCUAAUCUGGAUGAGUUCAACCCCGACAUACCCGAGUGGAGACAGGAUGUGGGGAGAGUAAUUAAGAAGGCUCUGCUCCAAGUGUCCGACUUCCCGGAGGAGCAGCUCUUGGUAGCCGUGUUCCCGGGAGUUCCAACAGCCGCCGAGCUCUUCCUGUUACCUCACAAGAACCAAUCGGAGGGCAAGAAAAAGAGCGAGGAGGAGCUGGAGCAGGCGUCUGGUGUUAUAGUUAGUGCACUGAACCAAAAUUUGGUGGAGUUCGAGCUUAAGCCCGGAGUGAGGGUGAUUGUGUACAACACACAGUUAACGCUGGCACCCUUGGUGGACUCCAGCCCCAGACACAGCAGCUCGGCUAUGCUCAUGCUCCUCUCAGUUGUGUUCCUGGGUCUAGCAGUGUUCCUCAUCUACAAAUUCAAGAGGAAAAUCCCUUGGAUCAACAUAUACGCCGAGGUGAACCAGGAGAAGGAGCAGGAGAUGAUUGGCUCAGUGGGCCAGGGCGACAGCACGCCCAAAAUCACCCUGAGUGAGUUCCCCACAUCCAAGGAACUCAUGGAAAAGGAACUGGAUGCCAGGGUCAAAAGGGGAGUUGGAAACACUUGCGAGAGCACAAGGGAGAUUCCAAACUGUACUAGCGUGUAAAGCUGGAGAGCGCGCCGGUUUGUGUACAAAGCGAAGUAUUACAGUGUCGGGGGUUCUCUUUUUCUGUUUUGUAAUUCAACACAAGCGAUGUUAAUAGUUUUCUAAGGGACCUCAUUUAUACAGACUUGCAUGGAUGUCUCGUCCAACAACAUCCAUGCAGCAAGUGUCAAUUUACUCAAUGAGAUUAUUGUAAUUACUGGCAAGACGUAUUCAGUUUUGUGGAUGUAUAAGCUACAUGACGAUGUUCAUUUGCAGAGUGAAAUAUCUUUGAUCGACACCUAUGAAGAGUUAUGUACAUUUCCUAAGGAGUUUGCUUUGAAAAUCAUUUCUGCCUAUAUAUAGACUGUCUGAGUCUUCAGUCAAACAGGGAAUAUUAUUGAAAUGUACAAUAUUAUCAUCCGUUCGGUUCAAUGUAUAUAUUAUUACUUUCUACAUGCUCGUAGUCUUGAGUACCAUGGCAAAGACAGGAGAUCGUACGAUGGUCUGUUUUUGAAAGUGUGUUAAAAAAAACCAUUACUUAAAGAAAAUUGUUUUUGCUAAGGUCCUUGACUUGUGCAUGUUCUUACUGAGGACACAAUCUCCGUGUUGUAGAUAGGCUGUGUUGUAAAUAGUCAUUUUCUAAUCAUUCAUCAAAAGAGCUCAGUCGAUUUUUUGCCUAGCCUUCUGUUCUGCUCUUCUUUUCUUCCUUUACUGUUGGGGGACAUGUAUCUAGUAGAAAGCGUCCAUCUGUUAAUGCAGGUUCAUGCAGCAGAACUGUAUUGGACUAUUGCCGAUUUAACUUCCCUCCAUUUUGCCGGAAAUGACAUGAAAAGGAUCAACGAGAACAUGACCGUGUUCAAUAUGUUUAUAUUUUCUCUAGACAUAUAGAUGUAUACUAUAUAUAUUCAAACAUUUUUACAAAUAGGACCUUAAAGUCUACCGUAAUCAUUGAGUCUAAACUAUGUGAGCCAAACAUCCUUUGCCAUCAGCAUCACUGUAUUACAGUUUCUCAUUGAGUCAGUGGCUCUGGGAGAUUUGAUUUGGUCUCAGGACAAAAGCUAAAUUACAAAGUUAUUAUACUGUGGCUACCAGUGAUCACAAUCACAACACUCAAAUGUUGGGAGCAAGAUUAUGAUCUAAAAUAUGAAAUUAUGGUUCAUAUAUACACCGUCUAAAAUAUCAGUAGGCCGAGUGUUGGGUUUUGAUAGCUUCUUCAAUUUUGUUUGGCAAAUGGCACAAUUUUACAAGGCUCUCAUGCUUAUCUCUUUUUUUAUUUUUUUUUUAUCCACCAUUUUGAUCCACUGCUUUGGUCCAGACCAAUGACUGUAUAUUAAGAUGGAAGACAUGACGGCUGACAAACUGAACACAAAACCAUCUUGAUGAUCUUGAUGGUGGAGUCAAAGUACAAGGCCAAUUAUUUUAGGUUGUUCUAAUCACAUAGUGAUAAUGUUUCAGAUAAGUUUGGUUUUGAUUAGUUAUUUGAUGCUAUAAAAGACAAGUGAGAUGUCAUGAUUGAAAGUUGAGACUGACUCGCAAUUGGUUGGGUGGGUGUAACGGCAAGAACUUUUAUACCAUGACUCACUUCUACACAGACUCUGGCUCCAAAUGACGUUGCAGCGCAAGAUUACCAUGCCCAUAUUGGGAUAUUUGGGCUCGAUUUUUGUACAGUUGGAAGAGGUUUAGGCUUGUCGUCCAUCUUUAGGUACAGUCAUUGAUCCAGACUGAAAAAAUAUUGGAUGGAUUUUGACUCGCAUGGUAGCCACAAAAAAAAAUCCCUAAUGUCUUUGCUGAUCACCUUAUCCCCAUCUAGCAUCUCCAUGAGGAAGUUUGACCUCCUCAGAAUGAAACGAAAUGGUUUAUCUCGGUGCCAUAAUCAGGUCAAAGUUUCCCAUCAGCCUCAGCUGCACUUUCACUGUUCUGAGCUAAUUUGCAAAGGUUAUAGAAUGCUAAUUGGUGAACAUCAUGAACAUUAACACCAUCGUUGUGAGCAGAUUGGCACGCUCACGUUAGCAUUUAGCUCAAAGCAUCAUUGCGCUAAGUACAGCCUCAAAUAAGUACUAGCAUGUCUCUAGACGGUUAGCUCUUGUUUAUUACCUAUCAAGACUGUGAAAAAUAUAUAAGCAAGUUUGGGACACUUUUUAGCCAGCGCUGGCAAUCGAUUUCACACAUGGAAAACGACAUACACGAGAAUCAGCAGCCAAGAAAAUGUGAAUGUUUGCGCUUAAAUUAUUUAUACUUGGAGUUACUGUUCAUGCUAGAAAUGUUCGUGCUAUUGGUCCUAAGCAGGUCUAGAAUAUUGGUGUUUUAGAGGAUCGAGCAUUUCUAAUGUUAUAAUUAAAUGAAUACAGAAUAUUUUAAAAAAAUCUUCAUUAUUUAAUUUAAUAAAUCAUUAUUCUGUUCACAAAUGGUUAUAACGCUGUUUUGGAAUGAGCCCCAUUUUGUGCAGUGUUAUUUAUUUGGUCCUUUGCUCAGGGUCUUGCAUGAAGUGGGCUUUUUUGUUGUUGUUUUGAUUUUUUUCUUCUCAUAGAGCAUCAUGAUUAUUUAUUAUAUACUUGAUCUCUCUGCUCCUUCGGACACAGUCUUCACACUGCUGAAGUAGACUCACAAACAUUUUCAUUCAGGUGACAAAACCAAAAUAUUUUCCACAAAUAGAAAAAAAUGGAGCAGUUUUUGUAAACGUCUCACAGUGGAGCAGAUAAAGAACAAUCAUGAACCGCCUCUCCCUAAUGCUGUCAGGCUACUUCCACAACACAACUCAAUCAUUUGCAUCUAAUUUCAAUUGAGAGAGUGGCGUCCUCCCAGCACGCAACUCUGGACCAGUCUUGUCUUCUCCAGUCCUACGAGGUAGAGGUUGACUCAUGUCAACCCCCUGCUAUUUGGCAUGACGGUAAUCAGAAUAAGCUGGAGAGCAGAGCUGGACGGCAUGGAUGCCCCGUGCAAAUGCUUUUUUCAAAAUGAAUGGCAACAGCAGUUGCAGGAGAAGCGAGCAGGCCCCGGUGAAUGCUGCAAAGGCUGCCACAUCACAUAUGCAUUACCUCAAACAGAGAGCACUCAUCUCAAAGCAAACAGCCAAGCCAAGCCUUGUUACUGCAGAGAGAACAGACACUGAACAAAGAUUGUUUUAUAUCUUUGUUGUAUUCAACAUGUCAUAAGCAAAGGGUUGUUUGCUUGGCUGGAUUUUGUUUGGGUGGUGGCUUUGAUGGUUUCACUUUGUUCUGAUUCUUAAUAGCAAAACAGGAUUAGGAGAAACAGAAAAAAGAUAUAGAAAAAGUUUGCGCUGCCCACGUCUCUAACCAUGUUUGUAUUGCUUUUUUGCUCUUUUGUUUUGGUUUUUUUUAUGGGCCCUUUGAAAUUGUGAAGAAUGUAUGAUGACUACACUGGUUCACAACCAGGCCAUAAUGCUUUGUAGCAGCUGUUGCAGUGUAAGAGUUUUGCACUCCUUAAAAGUCUGUAAAGAAAGUAAAGAAUGGCUGCUAAAAUGUGCUUUAUAUCAAAACAAACAUAUUGGAAUUGUCCCCAGUAGAAGAAAUUGUUCAUCCAAUCACCCUUCCGAUCACUGGAUAUCGCAGUCUCAUCUAAUACCUUAAAUGCCACAUUGCACUGUUCGAUCCAGACCUCCAGGGGAACCCAUACUUUGCGUUUGUGAUAUUUCAGAAGGCAAAAGCAUUGUAAUGUUCUUCAGUGCACAAAAAUCUACAAUGCAUGCAUGAUCAGUAAUGUUCUGUUUCAUCUUUAUUUCGAUAUUUCUACGGUAAAGAAACUGUCAUUUUGAAAUUGUUUCGAAUAAAUGUAUUUUUGUACAUCAA